GCUCCCCUCCUUCCGGGGCUCGAGCUGCUCCGUUGCCAUGAGUACACAUAUCCUAAAGGAUAUCUCAAUAGUGGCCAUCAAGGGAACACGGAGGACCUACUGCAUUUUCUUAUCUCUCUAUUCAGCCCUACACUCGUCUCUGUUUCUAUGACCAUCCAGGUCCUGGAUAACAUGUUCGGCUUAGCCGCCGUGGAAUAUCUAAUUGGAUCAUGCCCAUCCCUGAAACACUUUGACCUCAUAGGGUGUAACAAACCACAGGGGGCAGCGGAUGGUUUGGCCUGUAGCAUUAUCUGCAACUUUGUGCAAAGCCAUUCACACCUACAGAGCAUGCGAUGUGGUGUGCUGGACGAGCAAGCUAUAUCGAAGAUAGCUGAACUUGCAUCGUUGAAACAAUUCAGUCUACAUAUCAGCGGCCCUAUUUUCGGAGGGGGGUUGACACUGCCUACUCCAAACUUCCGUCGCCUUACAUGGCUCCGCAUCGUCGCGCCUAAUCUUGGCAGUGCCUUGUCUUUUAUCCGCUUGGUUCAAUCACCCCUUGAAGAGAUUGUCCUGUAUGUUACUCAAACACCUUCCCCUGAUAUACUCCAAGAAUUCUCCAUGGUUGUUUCACGUCGAUUUUCAUCGGACUGUCUGACAUCUAUCAUACUUGAAGUGUUUGAUCUCAACUCUACUCCUCUCAAAUUUGCUAUCGAUU